CUCUUUCCCAACUAUGAAAUUGUCCCAUGCUAAUUCCAAAAGAGUAAAUCGGUUUCUUAAUUCGGUAAUUCCAAAUCAAUUCAUGUUCUUUCGCCAUGUUUUCUCCUGAUGCCACAGAUCUAGCUACUGGCCUCCUCAUUUAGUCAUUCGGUUGUCUUCUAUUUUCUUGUUCCUCCUAACUUAUCCAUUUUGCUUUUUAGUUGUGUUCGGUCCGGUGAGACUGUUGUGUUGUUGUCUUUGUCGUUUGGUCUCAGACAUGUGUUUGAUGUUUUAGUUGAACGAGUUAGCACGGCAUUGCGUGCUUAGGGUUUUUCUUUCUGCACUUCAACUUAACAAGUGUACAAUUUUGUAUUGCUGUAAUGGAUUAUGGUCGAGAUGGAAACGUCGUUCAAAUAAUCACUGGUGGCGGAAAUGAAAACUGGUCCAGUGACCAGGCCGUUUGGGCUACGGAAGACGAUUAUCGAUUUUGGAACAACGGCGACGCUGACACUCCCACGGACUCGAAUUACGAUCAAAGGCAGUCCCAAUCUCGAUCUGGAAGCGAACCCCCAAACAAGAAAUCUAGGAAUUCUCAAGAUGUGACUUCCUCGAAUCGGUCCAAGGCAAUUGGGAAAAUGUUCUUCAAGACAAAACUAUGUUGCAAAUUCCGGGCCGGUACGUGUCCGUAUAUCACGAACUGUAAUUUCGCGCACAGUGUUGAAGAGCUUCGUCGGCCACCUCCGAACUGGCAAGAAAUUGUGGCUGCUCAUGAGGAGGAAAAAUCCAUAAUAUCGGAACCGAGGGAGGAGUUUCAAAUUCCGUCUAUUGGGUCAUCUGGGUUUGCUGGCGAGAUGCAGAGAGCAUACAAAGGUCGCCAUUGCAAGAAGUUUUACACGGAAGAAGGAUGCCCAUAUGGAGAUAACUGUACAUUUCUUCACGAUGAGCAAUCUAGGAAUCGUGAGAGUGUGGCUAUAAGUUUGGGCCCAGGUGGGUAUGGCGGUGCUGGGAGUGGCUCUAAUUCCAAGCCAUCAAAUUGGAAAACACGGAUUUGCAAUAAGUGGGAGAUGACUGGAUAUUGCCCAUUUGGAAAUAAAUGCCAUUUUGCUCAUGGUGCUGCAGAGUUGCACAGAUAUGGAGGGGGGCCGAUGGAGGGAGAAAAUAGAGACACUGCAUCUGCCGCUGCUCCUGACACGAAGCAGGGUGGGGUGCCUUCAAAAACGCCUGCUGAUAAUGUGGUUUCAUCAGUCACUCCUGUUGCUCAUCCUGAUGUCUAUCAUAUUGGAGUUCCUUCACAAAGGCCUUCCAUUGUAAUUCAGAGGCCAGGUCAGAGAGCUCAUCAGAAGUGGAAGGGUCCAGAUAAAAUCAGUAGGAUAUAUGGUGAUUGGAUUGAUGACUUGGAAUGAAUUCAGCAGUUAAUUUUUUGCUAUUGAAGAAAAUGGCUGAUAAGGACUCAUCGCCAGGACGUGUAUCUGUAGUUUAUUUAGGUUGUGAUCUUAUCUCACCAUAUGAUGAUGAUGAUGUAUCUUUAUGGUUUUCUUUUGCGAAGAAAACACAAGGGGGGAAGGAUGAAUUGUUUUAUGACUUCCAUUCUCACCUUUUUUUGUGUAUCAGUUAGCCUGUCCGAUGACCUUUUCAUCCUACGAGAGCAUUGUUUCAAUUCACUAAUACAUGUUCGUGUCUUAAA